AAAAAAAAGGACGCGCCGUAAACUGUUGUCAUGGCAACAUUGUGUAUAAGUGGAGCGCAUGUCAAAUGAGUGCAAAACUAAUUCAGGUUACCUGAGCUUUUUACAAGCAACACACUUUUAGCUAAUUAGUUAACAGCACGGUCGCUGUUGUCGGGUAAUGUAGUUUAACGUCUCCACACAGGAAUAUAAUGGUAAGAGAAAACACAGGUAAUGGUGCAAGUUUAUCUAACCGUUAACGCUAGUCAACUUCGUGUAGAAACAAGUCGUCGCCGAUUUGACAGCAAAUAGGGCCAGAAUGGUUCGAUAGCUCAAUGAACCAAAGCAAUGUCAAGUUACAACCUUCCACCGGUGAGGCAUCUGCCACAGUGGACCCGAAUUGGGCAACUCGGAAAACCUCGCUCUCCGCGGCCUUUACCGGCGGACCAACUGCCACCGGUUGUCCCGGCAGCAGACAGAGGAGUGUUGAAAGCAGCUGAGGUGUCCCUUCACAGCGACAUGGACCCCCACGUCUCAUCACUGGAGAGGAAUAUCCAGUUUCUUCAGCAACAACACAAAGAAACUCUUGAGAAGCUCCACGCAGAGAUAGACUAUCUCAGACGGGAGAAUAAAGAGUUGCAGUAUAAGCUGAUAAUGGAUCCUCCCAAGUCAAGUAGAAAAGAAAUGACACACAGUCGAGGAGUGAGACCACCCACUCAGGGAAGUGAAGCAUAUAUGAGACUCUACCUCGAGGAGCCGCUGCAGGACACACGACCCUCACGGGACCAAGCACUAAGCAAUGGAGAAGCCACCAAAAUUCUGGGAUCUGCCAGGCAGGACCAUGGCCAUGGAGAGUUGAAAGGAGGUCUCAUCACCUCAUUACAUCCUCUGCGAAUUCACAGCAGUCCCUCCCAUCCACCGCGCGCUCCCACGCUACAGGAGUGCGAGGUCAUCAUUCGGCAGCUCUACAAUGCUAACAAUUUACAGUCUCAAGAAAUUGUACGUGUGAAGGCAUUGCUGAGAGACAUUGUUUUGAGCAAGAAAAUCACACCAGAAAACUACAUUCUGACCAAGGCGUACCUUGUUGAUGGAGCCUGCAAACCAGAAGAAAAGAAAUUUCCUAAACUCAGUCUUCAAACAUUUCCGGAAAAAACGUCUGGACCCUCUCAGUCAGGGGUGAUCCUCCCAGCCCUCAAACAGAGCCUCAGUUCCACCAUUGCAGACAGACAGAGGAGGACCCGUGCUGUGCAGAGAGACCGUUUCAAAAGAAAGGUGCCAUGACAGGAUCAGAACUACCACAGUGGCAGCCACAUCCAUCUUUGCCCCACAUCGACUAGGGCUUUUCAGAGCUGACUGAAAAACCAACAAAAGUCUGUGGUACUAAAAUCAAAGGUCUAUAGACUUAAAAUGUUAUAAUUUUGCACACAAGAAGAAGAUGAAUGUCUCAAAUCUAGUUUUUACAGGGAAUGGUACAGUCGUUUAUUUAUUUUUUGCCAUUUUCUCUAAUUUAUGGCUGCUUUUUAUUAUUUUAUAUUAGUAUGGCAGAAUUGUUGUAUUUCAUGCUUCUGUAUAUACACUAUAGAUAUGAAAGUGUGGAAGCUGUUACAGCUGCAAACCUGUCCAAGUAUUUAGAAUGCAAUGUCAUUAAAGUCUCUGUUGGAGUAAUGGCAUGUGACCCAAUACUUUUGUCUAUAUAGU